UCGGGGAGGGCACAUGAACGCGGCUGGAGCUGGUGCCCGGAGUAAGAGGAUCCCGAGCAGUGAGUGUCCGGCGGGGUCGCGGGUUCGCCUCCUCCGUACGGACGCGCUCGUACACUUAUCGGAUUAAAAACUUGAGGCGAAAUUAAAACACAAAGGAAAAAAAAGAAGAAGAGAGAAGAAGAAGGAGCCGGGAGCUCGGGACGGGAAUACGGAUAAAAGGUGGAGUGUGGGAAAGAAAGCGUAAACUCCAGGCACACACACACAGAGCUUCCCCCUCCUCCCUCGCAGCCUGGACAGGAGGAAAGGGGGGGAGAGAGAGAUAACAGAGUGUCCCUGUCCUCCCGAUCAGACAAUAGGGCUCCUGGUGCCGCACUCUGCCAGGGAACAGACACCAGUCUGCCUGACACUGCAUGGUCCGAAAGAAUUAAGACAAUAUGGAAUGACAUGAAAGAGAUUAACUAAGGAUUAACGGCUCUGAGGACAAACACCUCUGUCGAGAGGUGAAGCACAAUCUCGCGCCCGUGGCUCCAAAGAGCAGUGUGCAGAAGCAAAAUGGCGGAUCCCGGCAUAAUGAGUUUAUUUGGGGAUGAUGGUAGUAUGUUCAGUGAAGGUUUGGAGGGCCUCGGUGAAUGUGGAUUUACUGAAAAUGCUGUCAACUCCAUGGCUCAGCAGAUGCCAAUGGAUCAGGGUUUUGGUUCUUUGCAGUCGCCACUCCACCACAAUCCCAGCGGUACAAACCAAGCCAAGCUGUCCCACUUUGAUCACUAUAACCAGUAUGAGCCACAGAAAAUGCACAUGAUGGAUCAGCCUAACAGAAUGAUGACGAACACUCCUGGGAAUGGGAUUGCCUCUCCACAUUCACAGUAUCACAGCACAUCUGUUUCUCAGGUCCCCCAUGGUGGUGGCCAAAUGGGAGUGUAUCCUGGUAUGCAGAAUGAAAGGCAUGGGCCGUCAUUUGUAGACAGUGGUUCUAUGUGGGGACCUAGGGCAGUGCAGGUCCCUGAUCAGAUAAGGCCAUCUUACCAGCAGCCGCAGUCACAGCAGCAACCACCCACAUCUUCCGGACCUCAGGGUCCUCCUCACCCUCAACAUGUUCAGCAAAUGGGUAACUACAUGGUUCGAGGAGAUUUCACAAUGCAACAGCAUGGUUCACUACAGUCACAGAGGAUGAAUCAGUUUUCACAAGGACAAGAUGGUCUUAAUCAAGGAAAUCCCUUCAUUGGGACUGCAGGACCUGGUCAUAUGUCUCAUGUACCCCAACAAAAUCCUAACAUGGGGCCUUCACUACGUCAUUCGGUCCAGCAAUUUCAUCACCAUCCCCCCAGUACUCUCCAUGGAGAAUCUGUUGCUCACAGUCCUAGAUUUUCUCCUAAUACUCCUCAGCAGGGUGCAGUUAGGCCACAGUCCCUUAAUUUUAAUUCUCGAAACCAGACUGUACCUUCACCUACGCUAAACAACUCAGGGCAGUAUUCCCGAUAUCCUUAUAGUAACCUUAAUCAGGGAUUAGUUAAUAAUACAGGGAUGAAUCAGAAUUUAGGCCUUACAAACAACACUCCAAUGACUCCGUCUGUACCUAGAUACCCAAAUGCUGUGGGGUUUCCUUCAAACAAUAGUCAAGGACUGAUGCACCAGCAACCAAUUCAUCCUAGCGGCUCACUUAACCAAAUGAACACACAAACUAUGCAUCCUUCACAGCCUCAGGGAACCUAUGCUUCUCCACCUCCCAUGUCACCCUUGAAAGCAAUGAGCAAUCCAGCCGGCACCCCUCCGCCGCAAGUUAGGCCUGGCAGCGCGGGGAUUCCUAUGGAUGUUGGAAGUUACCCAAAUAUGCCUCAUCCGCCAGGUCACCAGCCUCCUGGCGGCAUGGGAAUGGGACAAAGGAACAUGGGUCCCAGAAACAUGCCGCAAGGUCAGACAUUCAUAGGCAUGUCCUCAACACCAAGGGAGAUGGGUGGGCAUAUGAGACCAAAUGGCUGUCCUGGAGUUAGCCAUGCAGAUCCACAGGCAAUACAAGAACGGAUGAUGUCUGGACCGCAGCUUCCCGGUCAUCAAUCUUUUCAGCAGCAAAUGGCAAACUGUCAGCCUCAUCCAGCUAUGCACCAUCAGUCUUCACCGCCGUCACAUUCUCAUCACCAACCAUGGACUUCGCUUCACCAGUCACCUCAGAGUACCCCCCAGAAAGUGCCUGUCCAUCAGAGAAUUGUCGGAGAUUAUUCCUUUAUGCAUAUGACAAUUUCUGUAGGAAUCCUGAGUCUCAGCGAUCCUUCUGUGGUCUGUAGGAGAGUAAAAAGGUCCAUGAACUACCUGGAAGUUGACCCUUUGUCGCUAAGGAUCUAA